AUGAUUCCCCAUAGCAAUUCGAUUGAAUCGUAUCCAAUGCUAUGGGGAAGUAUUGUUUCUAUUGUGAGGAUCUCAAUACAUUUCUUCUUUCUCUUUCGUUGGUACGGUAUCCAAUCCAUAGUUUUGACCUUGCUGCUCAUGCCACCUUCAGUGCACACAAAGCUUGCACUCCAAUCAUCUCUCGCCAUGAUCUCUGUUCCUCGUAGCGCUUCGACUUCUAGGGGAUCAAUUCCUUUCAUGCCAACACUGCCCGAUUCGAUCGAUGUUUCUAUCAUGGACGACAUUCCAACUCGGAAACGAGUAAGGCUCCAGCCAAGAAGUGGGACAGCUGAUUGGGACUUCGAUGCGGGGGGUUGUUCCAGCGUACUAACGGCUUUGGCAGCGAGGCGUCUAAAGUUCAAGAGAACGGCAUCGCGGCCUGCCGCCAACAAGGCACCUGCACGCAUAACACGCCCGGUAAUGUCUGAUGAAACUGAAACUCUUAGCCUGGUGACCCCUCCAUGGUCUCGUGCUGUGAUGAGCAGCAAUCUCGGGCAUGAGAACCUCUACCUUCCAGACUUUUAG